AUGGCAUGUAGGGAAGGGAUGGAUGGACAUCAUUUCAAUGGGCGCGCCUGUGUGGUCAGGUUUUCUUCACCACCUUCACUAAAGAGCAUGGAAGAGGCCAGGAUGAAUCGAAUUAGUCUGUGCUAUUGUCUAACUCAGACCACUUCAGUGAAUCAAAUUAAUCGGUCCAAUGCUACUGUUGGUAAUUUUCAAGAUGGUGGGCAUUUGGGCAGAGCAGGUCCUCAGAUGAUGGGGGUUGAUGGCGUUGUAGGAGGAGGAGAGCUUAUAAGUAAUGCUGGAGAUGGACUCGGACAAGGUAUAGGUGCUGCAUCUUCAUCGAUUCAUCCUCAAACAAUUAUGGGCCAUGGAUUUCAUCCUAGUUUUGGAGGGCCUAUGGGGAAUGCUGGAGGUGGACUCAGACAAGGUAUAGGUGCUGCAUCUUCAUCGAAUCAUCCUCAAACAAUGAUGGGUCAAGGAUUUCAUCCUGGUUUAGGAGGGCCUAUGGGGAAUGGUGGAGGUGGACUCAGACAAGGUAUAGGUUCUGCAUCUUCAUUGAUUCAUCCUCAACCAAUGAUGGGUCAAGGCUUUUAUUCUGCUUUCAGAGGGCCUGUGAGGAGAAUAGGUGGUUAUGGAGGAUUCUCUGGUGGUCAAACUGUACCUUUUCCACCUAGGUUGUCUCCAUUUCGACCUGCACAUUUUAUGAGAGGAAUGCCCAUGAAUAGUAUAAGAAUGAUGCCUCGUGCUGGUAUGGAGGGACCUAAUAUGGUCAGAUGGACUGGAGACGAGCAUGGCUACAGGGCAGGAGAGUCAAGUAAUGCGGCAGAAUCUGAUAAUCAGUAUGGAGAAGAAAGCAAUGAUAGGGGCCCUGGGCCUAGCAGCAGAGAAAAUGAUAGGCCUGAUUCUUCAGACAGAAGUAUAGACGACAGAGAACCUUCAGGGCGUGAUCAUGAUUGGCAAGAAGGGAGAAGCCAAGAUGAUAGAGAUGUUGGAAGUUCUAGAGGCCGUGACUCUGACCCUGACCCUGAGCCUGAGAGGCCUCAUAGGGAUGAUAAUGCUGAUUGUCACAGGCACAGGGACCGAAAGAAUGAACAUGAUGAUGAACAGGAUAAGGGGAAAGCCCCCCAUCUGACUACAGAUUAA